GGUAGGCCAAAGAGACGACGGACACAAAGUGUCGUACAAAGACGUGCAGCCAAUGUCCGUGAAAGGCGGCGAAUGUUUCAGCUUAAUGAAGCUUUUGAUGCUUUAAGAAAACGACUUCCGGCAUUUAACUACGAAAAACGAUUGUCGCGAAUUGAAACUCUGAGACUUGCUAUGACCUAUAUUUCUUUCAUGCAAGACGUCACUUCCGGUGCUGAUCCAAAG